AUGGAAGAAACACAAACACCACCAAUUUAUUUUAAUGUUCUGAAUAUUCCAUAUAAGAGGGUGAUGUUAUUUAAAAGUAAAAGUAUUAUAGUAGCAGAAAAAGAACCACCAACCCGAAUUGAUCAAAUGGUUUUAGAUAUUAUUGAUAUUAUCAAAGGAAAAAUAGUUAAUACAAUCAAAUCAAGUACUCGACCAGUAUCUAUUGGACAUAGUGAAAAUAUUCUUUUUAUAUUAUUUGAUAAUGGAAAAAUUAGAGUGUAUAGAACAAAUGAAUUAGAUAAUAAUAAAAAGUCAACAGUUUUAUUUCCUUCUUUUAAAGAACAAGUUAAUAUAAAAACAGUUGGGUGUUGGGGAGAAAAAGGAAUAGUUUGUAUUUCUAAAGAGAACAAAGUUACUUUUUUCAACGUUUUAUCAUCAGAAUUAUCAAUAAAAAAGAACUCUCUUGACCCUCAACCAAGUUCGUUACAACUUGAAUUUACUUCAGAAUUACCUGUUGAAGUAAAAAGUUAUGGAGAAAUAGUUAUAGCGUAUAGUCAAAAAGAAAUGAUUUUGUUUAAAGAAAUUGGUAUUAUAAAGAAGUUUACUACAAACGAAUGUAAUGUUCAAUUUUUUAGAAAUGUUUCGAUUUAUAAUCAAAGUAUUAUUGUCUCUGAUCAAUUCAACAUAGGACUAAUUAAUGUAGAAACAUUACAAACAUCAUUUAUUUUUAAUCCAAUAGAAGAAGAGUGUUAUAAUCUUGGAUUUGUUAAUUGGAACUUAGUAACUAAACAAUUAGUUUUUUUUGUAAUAACUGUUAAUAUGGCUGCAUUAUUUAGUGUCGAUCAAACAAAACAAUCAGGAGAAUUAAAAUUAAUUAUUGAAUAUGGUUAUUUAUUUCCAAAUAUCGAAUUAAUACACAUUACUAAUGAUGGGUUUAUUAUUAAAAGUGAUGGUAAAUUCUACAUUUGUAAUUCGAAUCCAGAAAAGUAUAAUUCUCCUUAUUUUGAAAUAUACCAACUAAAUACUGAAACUAAAGAAUUAAUUCUUAAAAGAAAAGCAACUUCUUCUAUUGAUUUAGUUUCCCAACAACGUUCACCAAAGUUAUUAAAUCAUCUUCUUCUUAAUAGUACAUCUCUUAGUACAAGAGAUUCACAAAACUCUCAUUAUCAAAGUUUUACUUCUCAUAUUCAACCAUCAAUUCCUCAAACACAACCAAAAACUCAACAACAAAACUCAACGUCUAUUAGUUCAAAGAGUCACAUCAAUGAUUCAUUUCAUUUUGUAGAGGCUCAACAUAAAAAAGAAAGUCAAAGAAUAAAAACAAAACAACAUGAAAAUUUCUCUCAACUUCUAAAAACUAGAGUUGGAGUUCCAUUAAAUAUUUUGACACAAAACCAAAUAAGAAAACAACUAAAUGAAAAGGUGUCGGCUACAGACUAUACUCCAAAACUACCACCAAAAAUGAACCAAACAUCUUCAAAAAUUGUUGACCCUUUUAAACCACUUGUAAGUAAAAAAAUUAAUCAAGAAAUUCCAUCAACAACCUCUCGUCCAUCUACUCUUUCUACUUUUCAAUGCUCACAAAAGUCUAUGUCAACACAGUCAUUACAAAAACAACUACCAACACAACCAUUACAAAAUUCUAUGUCAACACAACCAUUACAAAAUUCUAUGUCAACACAACCAUUACAAAAACAAGUAACAAGACAACAACUACAAAAUUACUUUUCAUCGUCUGUUGGUGUAUUAAGAAAUUUGGAAUAUAACUAUGAUACUCUUGAAAGAGUUGUUGAUAUAAAAGAUUUAAGGUGUUUUGGACUUGGUAUCGGUCCUAUUACUUGGAUGAAAGGAGAAAUUACUACUGGAUGUCCAAGGCUAUUUGUUUGUUCUGCAUGUUCAGAAAUUAAUGAGGUAACAUUUUCAGCAACAAUGGUGCCAUCAAAGUGUUUUCAAAAAGAAACUAUGUUUCCACCACCAGUAUUUUAUGAAAUGAAAAAUGGAGCAUUACUUAUUUUUCCACAACAACAAAAUUCCUUAUUUUCAUUAAAACAAGGAUAUAUUGAAUCUUUAAUUCCAUCGAAAAACAUUAAAAUUUUUCCUCAUAAUGAAGGUUUUAUUCUUGAUAUUCCAUUAGAAGAUGAAACAAUAAUUAAAUUUAUUACAUUAAAUGAAAAAUCAGUAAUUUAUUAUGGAAAGUGUUGUACUGAAGUUCCAGUUAAAAGUUCAGAUAUCAAAUCAAUUAAAACAUAUCAAAAACUUAUUGGAUGUUGUACAACGGAUAGUUUAUUAAUAGUAUAUCCUAGUGGUGUAGAUAUAAUUCAUUUACCACCAAAAUUUGUUGACUUUGCAUUAACGCCAUUUGGUUGUAUUAUUAUUCAAGAAAGAGGUGAGGUGUAUGUUAUUUGUUCUCAACCAAAAUUACUUUAUCAAUUAAAAUUUAAAAAUAAAGAUAAUGAAAUAGACUUAUCGUUUUGUUCAUGUUUUUAUGAUGAUAAAUUACUCUUUUUAGGUGAUAAAAAUGGAAGAGUUUAUUAUUGUUUUAUUGAGGCAUAUAUUUCAAUGUCUUAUUUAACAAAUUAA